AUGGGCGACAUAGAUCACUUCCUAGACCGUGUCGAGCGCGAGGAACAUGAGACCCUUGACCGCAUCAACAAUUUACUCCAACAAUUCCCGCGCAAUGAGGUCUUGAUUCAAUUGCUGAUUACACGGAUCUUCCAAAGCGGAUCGGAUCUUCCCGAGGACGCCCUCGCCUCGUUCAACCUAUUCUUGAGAGUCUACAGAGACCCAUCUGCAAAACACAUCUACAUACAAGAAUGCACACAUGUCGACCCUUACAGGCCUCUAGACAGGCCAGCUGUCCGCAAUGGCAACAUUGACUACAGUGACCCUGAGGAAUUUCCGCUCUCGGACAUGACACGUCGUCAGAAGCGUAUUCUCCUCCCCUUCUGCUUCGAAGAUACAUCCUGGUUCUUGGUCGAGCUGAAGCUGGGUCCAUGUCCUCGAAACGAGAGCACGCAGAGACAAGCCAGAGUGGCGAUAUACACCAAUAAGCGAGGAUGCGUAAAAUCAACUGAUGCGACACGACGGACGGUUGAAGUCUGGGUUCUUGAACUACUCGAAUACGCGAGUCUGCUGCCUUCUAGCCCCACGUGGGCCGUUGAUUGGACGAAGACGGUGGUGGAAGAGGUGUUUAUUCCCCAGCUGAUGUCCCUCGAACGUCUCGGUGCCAUUAUUGCAACGCUCGUCGUCGCAGACGAGUUCAAAGCUACGAUUCUCUUGAACAACACCCUUUGGCACGGCCUUCCGAGCAUUGAACGCGAAGCACGCGUAGCUUGCAUUCAAGUAAUCGAGCAGUUUAUUCUCCUGAUGAACGACCAGGACUCCACCUGGUUCGAUCUCCCAGACAAGCUCCUACGCGCUGUGGAUAAUAGUGUUUUCGACCCCACCGCAACCAAUCGCGCCCUCAACGCCAUCGAGAGGACAUCAAAAGGCUUCUCUCGUGAUCACGGUGUUGAUCUCUGUCGUGAUCUCUUUGGCGCGCCUCCGACCGCGGCGCUUGAGGAAGUGAAUGCUGCAGCUGUCAAGGAAUUUUCCAGCAAAGACAGUCACCCACAUCGCGACAAUGCUCAGCGGUAUCUAGAGGCCCGCGAGAACCUUGUCAAGGCCAACGGCAAAGACAAGCAAGCCCUUAGAGAUGAGCUGAAAGACCUCGGUACCCAGCUUGAUGCUUACUUCCUCGGGCCCUGGGUCGAUGUCGUCUUCCCCGCCUGUUCAUCCGCAUCGAACGACGCACUCACGAGCUUCAAAGCCCAGGUGGUGACGGUCGAUGAGGCUGCUCAAGCAACUGUAGGCGACAUCUGCAUGAACAAGAAGUGGAGCACGAGCAUCGACGCAGACGGCGAAUACCAACUGUUUGGGAACAUCACAUUCAUGGUGAAUGACAAGAAAUUCCCCUUCGUUGUGGACUUCGUCGGUGCCGUGACGAAGUCCAUGCCUAAGGACGAUGGAUCUUCGCCGACGCCCGAGCACAUCACCCUGGGCGACAUUGGAAUCCUUUUUCCCUACAAGGGUCAAGUUCGGCAGAUCUUCCGCAAGCUCAAGGGGGCGGGAAUCCAUGCCAAAUAA